AACUGACCUUGACCUUCACUCAAGGACUAGGCAGGGCAGAAUAUUGUGCUGGGUAUAUUUGGGGAUUCUACUGAAAACUAUACAGAGUUACAGCUCCUUUGUUAUUGCAUAAAAUCUUAGAAUGUCUGUGCAAUCAGAUAUUGACAAAAGGAAGCAAAUCAGUAUACGAGGGAUUGCUCCAGUUGAAAAUGUAUCGAAUAUCAAGCAUACCUUCAACAGGCAUCUCCACUACACCCUGGUAAAGGAUAGAAAUGUUGCCACACCAAGGGAUUACUACUUUGCAUUGGCACAUACUGUAAGAGACCAUUUGACAGGGAGAUGGAUACGAACACAGCAGCAUUACUACGAGAAGGAUCCAAAGAGAGUGUAUUACCUGUCCUUGGAGUUCUACAUGGGUCGCACCUUGUCCAACACGAUGGUAAACCUUGGUAUACAGAGUUCCUGUGAUGAAGCAAUGUAUCAGCUUGGUCUUGACAUUGAAGAGUUGGAGGAGAUUGAGGAAGAUGCUGGUCUAGGUAAUGGAGGUCUUGGUCGUCUAGCUGCCUGCUUCCUCGACUCUAUGGCCACACUUGGAUUGGCUGCCUAUGGUUAUGGCAUCCGAUAUGACUAUGGUAUCUUUGCACAGAGGAUUGAAAAUGGAUGGCAGGUAGAGGAGCCAGAUGAGUGGUUGAGGUAUGGCAAUCCAUGGGAGAAGGCAAGACCAGAGUAUGUGCUUCCUGUCAACUUCUUUGGUAGAGUUGAGGAAAAAGAUGGCAAGAAGAAAUGGGUGGACACCCAGGUGGUGUUUGCCAUGCCUUAUGACAACCCUAUCCCUGGAUAUGGUAACAACACUGUCAACACGAUGAGACUGUGGUCAGCUAAAGCUCCAAACAGCUUCAAUCUCAGAUUCUUCAAUGAUGGAGAGUACAUUAAUGCUGUGUGUGACAGAAAUCUGGCAGAGAAUAUAUCCCGUGUGCUCUACCCAAAUGAUAAUUUCUUUGAAGGUAAAGAGUUACGCUUGAAGCAGGAAUAUUUUCUGGUUGCCGCCACUCUACAGGAUAUUAUACGUAGGUUUAAAUCUUCACGGUUUGGAAGUAGGGAUCCAGUGAGAACAUCCUUUGAUGCUUUCCCAGAGAAGGUAGCCAUACAGUUAAACGAUACCCAUCCUGCCAUGGCAAUACCUGAGCUGAUGCGUAUAUUUGUGGAUCUUGAGGGUUUGACCUGGGAAAAGGCUUGGGAGAUCACAGUGAAGACUUGCGCUUACACCAACCACACGGUGCUGCCCGAGGCACUGGAGAGGUGGCCUGUAUCCCUGCUAGAGAGACUGCUGCCUAGACACCUUCAGAUCAUGUACUAUAUCAACCAUCUCUUCCUCGAGGAAAUAAAGAAGAUAUUCCCAGGGGACUCUGAUAGACUGAGAAGAAUGUCUAUUGUUGAGGACUAUGGAGAGAAGAAAAUCAACAUGGCACAUCUUGCUAUUAUAGGAUCUCAUGCCAUCAACGGGGUGGCUGCUAUACACUCGGAGAUCAUCAAGAGAGACACAUUCCAUGACUUCUACGAGAUGUUCCCAGACCGUUUCCAGAACAAGACAAAUGGAAUCACACCUAGACGUUGGCUCCUGCUGUGUAACCCUGGUCUGUCUGAUGUCAUAGCUGAGAAAAUUGGAGAGUCUUGGGUGACAGACCUGUACCAGUUGAAAGAAUUGAAACAAUUUGACAGCAAUGAGAACUUCCUUAGAGCAUUAAUCAAAGUCAAACAGGAGAACAAGAUGAAGCUUGCGGAGUACAUCAAACAGGAGUUUAACAUUGAGGUGAAUCCGUCCUCUAUGUUCGACAUCCAAGUGAAGAGAAUCCACGAGUACAAGAGACAGCUAAUGAACUGUUUACACAUCAUUACACUGUACAACAGGAUCAAGAGAGAUCCAAAUAAGCCAGUUACGCCCAGGACCAUCAUGAUUGGCGGAAAGGCAGCUCCUGGUUACCACAUGGCCAAGUUGAUCAUCAAGUUGAUCAACACAGUGGGCAACGUUGUCAACAAUGAUCCUAUAGUUGGAGACAAACUGAAAGUUGUAUAUCUGGAGAACUAUCGUGUAUCUCUUGCAGAGAAGAUCAUGCCUGCAGCUGAUCUCAGUGAACAGAUCUCUACAGCUGGUACUGAGGCAUCGGGCACAGGAAACAUGAAGUUUCAGUUGAAUGGAGCCCUCACUAUCGGUACACUUGAUGGUGCCAAUGUUGAGAUGAGAGAAGAGAUGGGAGAUGAAAACAUCUUCAUCUUUGGUAUGACAGUGGAAGAGGUGGAGGCUCUCAGCAAGAAAGGAUAUAAAGCCCAUGACUACUAUGAAAGGAAUGCUGAAGUAAAGGGAAUUCUGGAUCAGAUCAACAGUGGUUACUUUAACCCUGAUGAACCUGGCAUGUUUAGAGAUAUAUACAACUCUUUAGUCUAUCAUGAUAGGUUUAUGUUGUUGGCUGACUUUGAUGCUUACGUGAAGUGCCAGGAUCGUGUCAGUGAAGUGUUUAAGAAUCCUCUGCUGUGGGCAAAGAUGUGUCUUCACAAUAUUGCCUCCUCAGGCAAGUUUUCGAGCGACAGAACAAUCGCAGAGUAUGCACGUGACAUCUGGGGCACCGACCCUACAGAGUUCAAACUUCCUGCCCCCCAUGAGAACCCUCUGAAUUAUGAUGAUUCAGACACAAUUGUACCAAAGAAAAAAUGAAGCUGAUGAUAUUUAGUGACAUUUUCAAAUUAAAACCAUAGACACAAAGGACAAUAGGAUAGUGCUAUUUCUAAUUCUUUUACUUUUGUUGUUUUUGUGGAGGGUAAAAAUCUAUGAAAUAUCAGGAGUACUAAUAUGGUGUUUAUAUUGUUUGUAUAUGCUACACUAAAAUUGUACUUAAAUUCACAGUGAAGAAGGUUACACCAUUGUGAAUGAUUUUUCUAUGCACCUCUUCAUGUGUUAAUUUCUUGCUACAUCUUGUUAUGCUGAGUUGCAAAAACUAAAACAGGAAAAUAUUUGCAAAAAAAAUGCCCUUACUCUUAAAUACAUGUGAUAUUUGAUAGCUUGAUUUUUCAAUUUUCAUUAACAGUAAGAUGUUAUGAUAAUAGAUUUUCAUCACCUUAUUUUGGAAAAGUGGAAAUAUUGAUAUUUAACGUACAUUGUAGCAGUUUGGGCAGUUAUUUAGUAUAAAGGUGUGGAGCUACAGUAGUCUUCAACAUUCCCAUUGUUUCUUGUAGAUUACUUUAAACUAUGAAAGUUAAAACAAGAUCUGAUAUUGGCUUGUUCUCUAUGCUUUGAGAAUGUACAUAUUUUACUGAACAAAGGAAAGAUUUUCUUUCCAAACUUUUGACUUUGGUAUUAGAGCAACUUUUGAUUUUCAUGUUUCAUUCACAGUUAGUUUUUCAGUCAUUUACUGAGUUAUUGUAUGAAAGUCACCUUGCCAUUUUUGGAUUUCUAAAUUUAUUGCAGAUCAUUGUGGCAAUUUGCCUAUAAAAUAUGUUAGAAUCAGUUAACACUUUGAAAGAGCAUACUCUCUCAUUGUCAAGUUCAAGAAAUGCUUGAUUAAAAAACAACUGUUGCUUGAAAAAAACCCGCUGGCAUAGCUCAGAGAGAUGAGCACAAGACUACUAAAAGGUCAUGUGUUAAAUCUAUGUACAUGAAUAUGCACAGUGACUGUUUGACAGGAACAAUCUGUCUGAAGAAAGUUAGCACCAAUACUGAAUUCAAGUUCUCUGAAUAUAUUAAUUAACUACCGUAACAUAACUGAAUUAGUGUUGAAAAAUAGUUUUUAAACCAUGUCAGAUGAACAGCACCAUCGUGAACAAAUGCUCAUGGUAGAAUUAAGACUGGAUGGGUACACUCUGGGUCUGUUAGUCUUUGGGGGGCAUUUCGUCAAUUUGUUAUAAAUGGAUUUAGGGCAUUGGAAUGUAUAGAACUGAAAUAUGGUAUCAUAGAGCAGAUUGGUGCAUAGAAUACCUUAGAAUACCUCAGAUUGUAGUAUGUCUGUUUUACUUUGUUGCCAUAGAAACAUGUAGCGUUUAUUGUGCUUUAUUUUAGAAAGCCAUUAAAAUGAACAGUAUUUGUUGAUAUUUUGUAAUAUGUUGGAGAUUUUAUCACCAUACUAAAAUUGCUUUACAUAUUGAAUAUGGAAGUAUAACGUAAUCAUAUGAAUUUUAGUAUUUAUCUUAGAGAACUUAUACCAGUAAUUUUUUACCAGUUGCUGUGUUUCUGUAAGAUAUGAUGAAAAAGUUACGCCAAAUUAUACCUUGCACUUCUUUUAUAUUGUUAUUCUCUAUCUUCAUAGAAUUAAUGGUGAACAAAAACAAUCAAAAAAUAUUUUUUAAACCUUGUCUUGACAUCAACUUCUAAAAAAUGCUAAAUGAAAAUUGACUCGAGACUCGGUUUAAUUUUAUGCAGAGCUCUGUGAUUUCUGAAAAAAAAGUUUCAAAAUUUACUGGUUUUUACAACAGAUUGCUGUAGGUAAAAAAAACAACAUCGUUUAUGUAUGAAAUUAGGACCUGAUCUCAUCGUGACUCAGGGGAAACACAGUACGUAUUAAUGUGAACACAUGCUUAAUGGAAAAACCAACAUUUUAAAAAAUUUACCUUGCUUUAUACACAUAUUUUAGAAGAGUGCUACCUAUUGAUAUUUCACUUUUGCUUUGUGAGUAAACAGAAAAGCCGUGCUAUGUAUAUGCUAUGCCAUAGUGACAUAUAGUCGAACUUGUGCUAUAGACCACCUCCAAGCCACUACAAUAAUAUAUUUCACAAUGUUCUCUGUAUGAAUAGAGUAAAUUUACUUGUGUUAAGAGACCAUCUGUUAAUAAAGACCAUUAUUUUCAUUGCCAGAGAAUGGUCUUUACAGAGAGGUCGGUCUGUACACGAAUUCCUUGUAGUGUCUGGACACAUUUUGUUUUCUUUAUUUGUUAACAUUCUGCCCAAUUUAAGCAUGUUGAGCACUUUUGAGUACUAAUGGUUACAUAUAAUCAGAGAUUGUAUCUUGACCUUUAUUCACUUAUUAAAACAUGUAACACAUAUGUUAUCACUGUCAAGGUGUUGCUGCAAAUUUUGAAAUAUUUGUGUGUAUACACAUUGCAUAAUUUUGUGUGUAAAGUAUUUGAGUUAUGUGUAAUGAAAGAUUGUAUGUUUGAUUUCACAUUAGUGUGUUACAAGUUUGAGCUAUGUAUGUAUAUAUGAUGAAUAAACUGUUGCCUGCUGUCACUUAGAAGUUUAGGUUUCUACAGACAGGCGAUUGUUUGUAAUACUAUAUCAAAUCAGUUUUUUUAAUAAUGCUGUGAAAUAUUUGUUUCUUAUCUGAUUAUUUUUCAGCUAUAAAGAAUUUUGACUUUUUCACUGUUUUCCAAGUCAAAAUUACCCCUGCUUAUAUAUGCAGUCAAAAUCAAGCUGUCAUUUAUUUUGUGAAUUUAAAUAUAAAGUAAUUGCCAACUCCUUGAAUUAAUUAUUUGUCAAAAAAGAAAGAAAACUCUCAAAUGCAUUUUCCUAGAGAAAAUGCUUUAGACUCCCUUCUUGACAGACAUUUUCAAUUUUUAGAGCUAUAACUAAGUUGUUCUGAACUUUCUAGUUUACACCUAGUACAUUAACCUAUAUAGAGAAGUCUGUGAUUGUACAUUUAACAGCAUUGUUUUAAAGGCUUUACCAAACUGGGACAUUCAUCAAUUUCUCAUUCUGUUACUUAUUAUAUUUCUUAAAUCAGUAUACGAUAAGCAGUAUAAAGAAAUGAAUAGCAAUAAUAAAUGAUUUUCAGUUGUACAAAGAGACAGGACUGUUUUUAUUGCUUUGUCUCAUCUUUUUGAAUUAGCUGUCUUAUUUCUACUUGCAGUUUUCUCUAUUUUUCUGUUUAGUUUGCUUUUAAAGAAAAGCUUAAUGUAGAUAGAAUGGUUAUGUUCCUCUUUUUGUCUGCAGUACUAUGAAAAUGAGAUUUACUUCAAUGUUGUGAUGUAGUAACAGGAAAUAAAAUGGCUUGUUACAGGAAAUAUAGACUGCGCUGCACCAAAGACAAACUGACUGCCAGAAGUAUUGAGGAUAGAGUUCCUAGUAGUGGUACAUGUAAUUAGAAUAGAGAGUAAAGAUUCAUAUAAUAAAAGACAUUUCUCUCAAGCUGUUUGUAAGUUUCAAAUUAAAGAUGGAUAAAUGUUAUAGUCAGCUUCGGUUUACAGGUCAGUAAAGUAUUUUAUUUUAUACCUAAAAUAAUAACACGAUAAAACACAUUUAAUAAGAAAAAAUUCAAAAAUUAAAGUUCAAUAUGCAUUGUUAAUUAGCUGUUACCAAGUUCAUACUCAAGUUUGCAGAAAAAUGGAUGGAUACACAAUUCAUACUAAGUUUACAGAUUUGGCGUGUUUUUUGUUUCUAGAUACACUUUUAGUGAUGUUUUUAUUUCUAUUGAAAGAUGGUGUUUUACAUCCAGUGAAACUAACCAUUUUUUGAUAAUUAUAAACCUGUUUUGUUGAUAUAUUUGUAAUAGACUUUGUUUUUUCUAAAUUUUAUUUUAGAGCCCAACUUGGGAUUGUUGUCUAUAUAUACUAAAUAAAUAACCAAUAUGGGC